AUGGCCGAGCUCCUACUUGAAAGUAAACUAUUACAGAAUACAUUCUGAAACGAAUGCAGCGCUCAAACAGGAAAUUCAUUUCCAAUAGUGGGCUUUUUGAAAGACAUUUAUUUAUAUAAUAUAUAAUAAUAUUUCUUAUAAAUAUAUAAUAUUUUUUGUAGUAUUAAGGUUUAAUAUAAAUUAAGAAAAUUUAUAAUUUUAUCUCACACUGUUAUAUUUAAGAUAAAAAACACUUUUUACUUUAGUAGUAUAUUUGAGUAAAAUAUUAAUAAAAUAAAAUAUUAAUAAAAAAUUGAAAAGUGGAUAUUUUCUAAUAUUUUUUAUUAUUAUUUGGUAAUUUUUUCUGUACAAUAAAUUUAAUAGACUAAUUUCAUUAUAUAAUUCGUCUUCAUGUUUAAUAUCAUAAAUCUGUAUUUUAUUUAUUGUUUUGUGCGUUAUUAUAACUGUGUUGGAAGAUAUAUUUUAUAAAUUUAAAAUAUAUAUGUUGCAAAAUAUUUGCCAGUGAAGUGUUUUUACUACUGUAUUAUUGUGAAAUGAAAGUUGAAAACAAACAAUUCAUACGUCAUUGCUAAUAUGAUAGACAAUAUUGCAGGCAGAUUUAUUUCGAAAUAAUAAAUUAGAUAAGAAUGAAUUUUAUCAAUCUCGAAAUAUAUUCAUAGAAUUUUGUUUUCAUUUAUUGUCAUUUAUAUUGUCUUUAUUGUCGUUGGUUUGUUUUAAUUUUAAUUUAUUACGUAUGAAGCAUGUAUAACUGAUUAUAUUUACAACAUAUAUAUAUAUUAACCAUAAACAUAUAAUAUAUUUUUAUAAGGAAAAUUAAUUGUGUAUUUAGUGUUAUAAAAUAUCAGUGUUUUGUCAUCACAUUUUUCUAUUCUAACCUAAUCAACUGUUUUUUAUGUACAACACUUUACUUAAUUGUUAUGAAUUUUUUAAUCAAUUGUAGAUAUAAUAGAUAUAAUAGAUAUAACCAAUUAUAUAUAUUAUAGUAUAUGAAUAUUUAAAUAUUUAAAACAGAUGCUCAUCUUAAUUUUGCAAGAUUGUUUCAUUAGAAUACAUAUCUUUUAAUUAUUUAAAGAAUUUUUUAAAAUAAUCAUUGAAUUUCAUAAUAGUAAUUAAAUAAUUUAUAAACAACAAAAAAUGUAUGAUAUUAAAAUUAACAUAUAAUAAAUAAACAUAUUUUGUGUUCUUUAGAUUAAAUAUAUAACACAAGUCACGUUUCAUAUUAAGUCACGUUUAAAUCACGUUUUAGUUUGAUAUUCUUGGAUUUUUUUGCUGAAGUACAUGUCGAUAUGCAGGGUUAUUCUAUUGACCCCGAACACGGUGAAACAAAGAUAAAAGGAGAUGUAAGUAACAGUCACGUUUUCAACAUACUCAGUAACUUGGUAACAGUAAAAGGAAACAUUAAGAAAACGUUUUACUUCAAUUUUUUGUCUUAUAUUGAGAACUAGUUCAAUUUAUUGCAAUUUCAAAUAUAUUCAUUUUUAAGCUUUCAAUAAAUUUUUUACAUUAUGGAGGCUUUUGGAACUGUAAGUAUUGCAGUUUUAUUUUCUAACUUUUUCAAAAAUAAUUUCUGGGAAAUCUAUUUAAUCAAAUUUUUCUGAUCUAUAAUAAAAAUGUCAAAAAUUGAUAGGGGUAAAUAUUUUAUGCUGGAAGCUACUGCUGGGUAUAAAAAAUUUUAUUUAUUUACUUAUUUAUUUUGUUUGUAUGAACAGUUAUCUUUUAAUAAAAUUAGUUAUAAUAUUCUAUGCUUAAUAUUAUGUAAAUAUAAAAAUAUUGAAAUUAAAUAAAACUUUUCAUGACAAAAUUUAUUUUAUAAAUUUUAAUAAAAAAAAAAUACUAAAUAUUUGAAUAAAAAAUACCUCUAAUUAGAAAAAGAGGUGUACUGGAUGGAAGAUGAUUUAUGUGGAGCAGUAUCCACCAUUUAGUAUCUCAUGUGUUCUUUUGCAUUAUGAGUUUGCGAGUUUGAUGUCCCAAAUUUACAAGUAUAAGCUGAAAAAGAAAAUAAAAAAUUAUCUAUUCUACGACUAUUAUAAGAAUGUAACUGUUAUAUUAUAAAAAAUAGUUCUAUAAUUUUGAUAAUAUUUAAAGACAUUAAAAAUAAGACAUAAAAGCAAAACACAUAUUAACAAUCAUUUUGGAAUAUUAUGAUUAUACCAAAAAUUUUUUGAAUUCAAUAUCAUGAAUUUUUUUCUACAAAAUAGUUACAUUCUACUGCUGUAAACAAUUACGAAAUAUUUAAAAAGAAGAAAGAAAAAUUAUCUUAUAAUAUAUGGUGACUCAAAAAAUUGCAUUUAGAUAGUAAUUAUAUUGACCUUUCGAAGGAAAUUUGUCACGUGAGCAAACUCAUGCAAGAUAACAUGGCAUAUAUAUUACAAUGAUAAUUUUUAUGAGAUAUAUCUACAUACUCUAUUGUAUAAUAUCUUCAAUAUAUAUUAUUUUUUAAAAUUAUAUAAAUGGAGAUAUAUUUGUAGACUAUUUCAAAUAUUUUAAUUAGAAAUAUAUCAUUUAUUCCAAUAUAUUAUCAAAAUCAACACUCUUUUUAGUAUCCUAUUUUGAAGUCUUUUCUUGCGGGAUCACUAUCUGGUACAUUUUCAACUAUUUUAUUUCAACCUUUGGACCUUGUUAAAACCAGACUUCAAAGCAAAGUAAAUCUUCAUCUUGGACCAUUACUAGAGUUGUACCUGGUGUUGGAUUGUAUUUUGCAUCAUUGCAUUGGUUAAAGCACACAUUGGAUUUAAAAGAUCCACUCACACCUACAGAAGCUUUGUUAUUAGGCAUUACAGCAAGAUCUAUGUCUGGAGCUUUAUUGAUUCCAAUAACGGUAGUAAAAACACGUUUUGAAAGUGAAGUUUAUAAAUACAAUAGUAUAGCAGAAGCGUUAAAAUUAAUAUACAAGCAGGAAGGAGUAAGAGGUCUUUCGAGUGGAUUAGUACCGACGUUAUUAAGAGAUGCUCCUUAUAGUGGUCUUUAUCUCACGUUUUAUACUCAAUUAAGAACUAUUUUUACAAAAGCAGAUUUGCCCUAUACCAAGUCGUCUGUUCCGCUGCAUUUUAGUUGCGGAAUAUUAGCAGGAAUAUUUGCUUCUAUCGUAACACAACCUGCAGAUGUAAUCAAGACAAAGAUGCAAUUAUAUCCUGAUGAAUUUAAAAACAUUCGUAAUGCAACUUUAAGGAUUUAUGAAAAAUAUGGUAUAUUAGGAUAUUUCAAAGGCAUUGUUCCACGAAUGUUGAGAAGGACAUUAGUGACUGCAAUGGCUUGGACCGUAUACGAAGAGAAAGUCAAUAAUUUACGCACGAUGGAAUCAAAGUCAUUCAGCCAAUAUAGAUAUUUAUACUUGAUGUACAGUAUUUUAGUUUUGUACAAAGAUUUGAUUCUAGUGGACAAUUGUAUUAUAGCAAAUACCACUACUAUGUACAGUAUUCAGAUAGAACCUAUCGCUCAAUAA